CAACAGAGCCCUCUUACCCUUGGCGGAAACAAAUAAAAAAGGAGGUUCCGAUAUUUAUCACACCAGACGAUGACACUAAGCAAAACGAAGUACCUUUUUCAUGGAACGUUAUUCCUGAAAUACCACAGGCAGAACAAACGCCAGAAUUGGAAGACAAAUUCAAGCCAACACUACUCGACACACGUGACACUGUACCAUGGAGAAGGGCUAAAUCCCCUCAGGCUGAAGACAAGGAACAGAGCAAGCCGACUACAUUAGAAACACCGCCUAGCAGCACUCCAACACCUGAUGAGAAAGUGGCAAUGAAGGAAGAAAAGGUGGAGGCCGAAGUGAAAAAGGCCAAAGCUACAACAGUUAAGAAGAAGGCUGAAGAAUUACCAGAAAUCCCAGACUAUGAAAGGCCAGACCUUGAGAAAUAUGAAAAGAUUUCGCCUACUCCCACUACCAGGGAGAAGCCCGAAAAGGAUAAGCCGGCAGACAAACCGAAAAUCGCAGAAGUCAAAGCUCCUGAAGAACCACCAGCACCAGCUGCUCCUAAGAUCAAAGAGCCUGAAGAGAAGCCAGCCGCACCUAAGAUUGAAGUUGUACAUGAAAAAUCACCUAAACCGGAAAUGCCCAGGAAACCUUCCCUAUCACCCGCUCCCCCCGGUAGACGUGGCUCACUCAUUCCUCCCCCGGAGGAAAUGGGAAGACGUCCUUCUCUCAUCAUCAGCGAUGAGGUCACGAAAUUACGUCCUGGAGAAGUUUUAGACGAGAAAAAGAAACGCGGCAGGCCGGGUGAACUAUCGGACGAGCGACGAAAAUCUGGCGACUCGAGAAGACCAUCAGUACAAGACUUGGAAGGUCUUAUCAAUAAGCCUUCGACGCCUCUGAGACCGACUGGCAAUGAUGGUCCACCAGUCAUCGUUGAUGCUCCAGAGAGCAACUCCGCCGUCGAAGAUCAAGUUGGUUACCUCUCCAUUUUGGUGGAGGGUAAACCGCCGCCGACAUUCAAGUUCUACAAGGGAGUGACAGAAAUUAUCGAAGGAGGCCGUUUCAAGUACAUCACAGAAGGAGAUACGGGUCGUAUUACAUUGUGUAUGAGAAAAGUAAAGCCCAACGAUGAGGGUAAAUACAAGGUUGUUGUUAGCAAUAUCCACGGUGAAGACUCGGCUGAAAUGCAACUUUAUGUAUCCGAUGCCAGUGGUAUGGACUUCAGAGCUUUGCUCAAAAAGCGGAAAUACCAAAAAUGGGGUGAGAAGAAUGACGAGCCUGAUUGGGGUGACCUCAAAGAAGUUGAGAAACCAAUUCCACCUCUAAAGAAAGUUGAAAAGAAACCUGAAUCUUUCUUGAAGCCCCUUGUUGAUCAAUCCGCGAAGGAGGGUAAAGAUAAAAAGGUGACAUUUGAAGCCAUUUUCACGAAGCCAAAUGCUAAGCCCAAGUGGUUCUUCCGUAAGGAUGAACUUUUCCCGGGCUCUAAGUAUAAGAUGACAAAUGAAGGAGACUCUUACAAAUUGAUCAUCAUGAAUCCUAAAGUAGAAGAUACGGGCAAGAUUACAAUUGAAAUUGGUGGCGUUACAAGUACUGCCUUCUUGCAAGUCGAUGAACCAGACCCGACGUAUACCUUCACAAAACAUUUGAAGAAAACUCUUACUGGAUACACGAAACACGAAGUGGUUCUGGAGUGUGCGGUAUCCAACAGCCUGGCUAUCGUAUCUUGGUGGAAGGGUGAAAAGAAAUUGGAAGACAGUGAUGAAUUCCAGACUUCCAAAGAUCUAUCAGGCGUUUGCAGAUUAAUUAUAAAGGCAGCGAAAUUAGAAGACGCCGGUAAAUACAUGUGCAAAAUAGAGAAACAACCAGACAAGACUGAAAGUGAAGUUAAGAUUAUCGAAUAUCCUUACAAAUUCACCAAGGUACUCAAGUCGCAGCAGGCUAUAGAAAAGGAUACCAUCACCUUACUUUGUGAACUUGAUGAUGCCAUGGGUGAUGUUAAAUGGUUCAAGAACGACCAGCCACUGAAGGCUGACAAACGUGUCUCGAUUGUCAAGGAGGGUCGUAAACGUAAAGUGGUUAUCAAAGACGCCAAGGUUACUGAUGCUGGCAACUUCAAAUGCGUCAGUAACGCUGAUGAGACUGCGUGCGAAUUGAUCGUCAAAUACUCGAAUCGCUUCAACAAGAAGUUGAAGGAUACCGAAGCAGUUGAAAGAGACAAGGUGGUGCUUGAGGUGGAAUUGCAGGACCAGACUGCAGAGGCCGUUUGGUCCUUCAACGGUGCACCCAUUGUACCGGAUGAGAGAAUCGAAAUUAAGAACCUGGGCGGUGGAAAGCAUCAACUUAUCUUCAAUAGGCUAGAGAUGGAAGAUGACGGCGAAAUCCUUUGUGAAUCCGGAAAACUGACAUCAUCAUGCAAACUUACAGUUAAAAAGGGAGAAUCGAAGCCAUCCAUUGAAUGUCCUGAUGAGUUUAAUGGACCCGCAGGACAUCCCUUCGUUAUUGAAGUGCCGUACAAAAUUUCAGGCACACGUCAAACUCCAAUUGAGGCUAAAUUAUUCAAGGAUGGUAAAGCCCUACCAGCUAAAGAAGUUGAGGUAGUUGUAGAACAGGAGAAAAUCCUUUUCAAACUCAAAAAGCCAACGAGAGAAGGAUCUGGCAAAUACCAGAUCAAACUGUCCAAUGCUCAAGGAGAAGAUUCCAAGGAUGUUACCAUUAUCAUGCAGAGUGCGCCAACGCCACCACAAGAUGUUGAGGUCUCGGAAGUAUUCCAGACAUCUUGUGUUGUUGCAUGGAAAGUCCCACAAGAUGAUGGUGGAUCACCAAUUAUCAAAUAUGUCAUUGAAAGACAGGAUCUGUCGCUGAAAGCUGGAUGGGACAACGUUGCUGAAGUCGCGCACGGACAACCCACUAAAUACAAGGUUGAAGAUCUUAUAGCAAAGAAAACAUACAAAUUCAGAAUUCGGGCUGUUAAUAAAAUUGGAUCAAGUGAACCUGGAACCUUCGGCAAGCCUGUUCUCGCCAAGGAUCCAUGGGAUGAACCGUCGAAGCCAAAGGGCGUAGAACUGAAGGAUUGGGACAAAGACCACGCUGACCUUAAAUGGCAAAAGCCUGACAACGAUGGUGGAGCACCGAUCACUGGCUACGUCAUUGAGUAUAAGGAGAAAUUUGGCAAAGACUGGGUAAAGGGCAAGGAAGUGGAUGGCGAUUGCCUAGAAGCAACUCAAGACGGACUUAAAGAGGGAUGCACGUAUGAGUUCAGAGUCCGUGCCAUUAACAAGGCAGGUCCUGGUGAACCUAGCGACAGCACAAAGCCGAUUGUUGCUAAGUGCAGAUUUGUCAAACCAUAUAUCAUUGGAGAAGGUCUUCAGAGUAUGAUUAUCAAAAAGGGACAAGUCAUUUCCUUUGAUAUUAAAUACGGUGGCGAGCCCGAACCGGAGGUUAGAUGGAUGCAUGGGGAAGAGAAACGUGGCAAGCCGUACAGGGAACAGGAAAUUCGUGACGAUGGAGAACGUAUCACCAUCGACAAAUAUGAGAGGAACACCGUACUAACUGUAAGAAAAACUACUCGUAUUGACAGUGGAAAAUACAAAUUGGUUCUUACCAACUCGUCUGGUACUUGCGAAAGCAUUGCUGAUGUGGUUGUUCUCGACAAACCUAACCGACCGAAUGGACCAAUUGAAGUUGUUGAGAUUCGCGCUGAAAAAGCAACUGUCAAAUGGCAAAAGCCUGAUGACUGGCAAGGGUCAGAUAUUACCGGAUACACCCUUGAGAAAAUGGAUUUGGAUACUGGCAACUGGGUACCAUGUGGCGAAUGUGGUCCAGAACCUACAGAGUUCACGAUCAAGGGUCUGACACCAAAUCACAAGUACAAGUUUAGAGUUCGAGCAGUUAACAAGGAGGGUGAAUCAGAGCCCUUGGAAACUGAUGGAGCCAUUGUUGCAAGGAAUCCUUACGACCCACCGAAAGCUCCCGGAAAACCGAAUAUCGUCGAUUAUGACAACAUGUCGGUUACUCUACAAUGGGAACCUCCAAGUGAUAACGGAGGUAGACCGGUACUGGGCUACGUGAUCGAAAUGAAAGACAAAUUCACUGCUGAUUGGAUAGAGGUUGGUAAACUAACAGAGCCCAAAACGGAGUACAAGGUUGAGGGGCUCAAGGAAAAGAUGAUCUACCAGUUCCGAGUGAAGGCUUACAACAAGGCUGGUGUGGGUGAUGCUUCACAGCCAACUGAAAACCACCUCUGCAAGCAUAGGAACUUGAAACCUCGCAUUGAGCGCAGUACAUUCAAGUCUGUCAUCAUCAAGGCUGGUCGUACACACAAAUGGUCAGUGGAUGUGAUUGGUGAACCUCCACCGGAGACCACUUGGUCAUGGCGUGAGAACAUAAAACUAGUUAAUACCGAGCGUAUUAAGAUUGAGAAUAAAGAGUACCACACCGACUUCACGAUAGUGAAUGCGGUGCGACGAGACACUGGAAAAUACACGCUGCGUGCUGAGAACUGCAAUGGCUUUGAUGAGGAGACUGUCGAGUUGACAGUACUGAGCAAGCCAAGCGCACCUAAAGGACCAUUGGAAGUAACUGACGUGCACGCGGAGGGCUGCAAGGUGAAAUGGGAGAAACCGGAGGACGACGGCGGUUCUCCUGUCAAGGAGUACGAGCUGGAGAAGAUGGACCUCGCGACUGGCAAGUGGGUCCGUGUUGGAAGAGUGGCAGGUGACAAGAAGCCACUGGAGAUGGAGGUGACAGGUCUGGAGCCUGGCCACCAGUACAAGUUCCGCGUCACCGCCGUCAAUGACGAGGGAGAUUCGGAGCCUCUGGAGACAGAGCGCGCGGUACUCGCUAAGAACCCAUACGAUGUAUCGGACAAGCCUGGUAACGUGGAGGUAGCAGACCACGACAACCAGAGUGCUGAUAUCAAGUGGGAGCCUCCUGCGAAUGAUGGAGGCGCUCCCAUACUCAAGUACAUCAUACAGAAGAAACCUAAGGGCGGUGACUGGGAGACUGCAGCUGAGGUGCCAGGAUCAGCGACAUCAGCUAAAGUGGACGGUCUGCCCGAAGGCAGCGAGUACCAGUUCCGUGUGAUCGCUGUCAACAAGGCAGGACCCUCGGAGCCAUCUGAUGCCACAAAGAUGACCACAAUCAGGCAUAAAGCAUUGAAACCCCGCAUCGACCGCACUAACCUGAAGGCGCUGGCUGUGCGCGCUGGAAAGCCCAUCUUCUUCGAUGUGAACGUGCGCGGAGAACCCGCACCUAAAGUGCAAUGGUUCCAGAAGUGGAAGACUGAAGAGAAGGAGGUGACAGAGAACGUAAUCAACGUAGAUUACAACACGAAAUUGGACAUCAAGGAGUCAGUGCGGGCUAUGACCGGCACGUACAGGAUCCUGGCCACCAACGAGCAUGGCAGUGAUGAGGCUGAGGUGGAGAUCACGGUGCUGUCGGCGCCAGGCAAGCCUACAGGACCCCUCAAGGUCACCGAUGUCACCAAGAACGGCUGCAAACUUGCCUGGAAGAAGCCAGAGGAUGAUGGCGGUAAACCUGUCACUGGCUACGUGGUAGAGAAGCUGAACAAGGCGACAGGCCGCUGGGUGCCUGUGGGGAAGACUGAUGAUACGGAGAUGGAGAUCAAGGGUCUACAGGAAGGAGAAGAGUAUGAGUUCAGAGUGCGUGCUGUCAACGAGGAGGGAGAAUCCGAGCCUUUGAAGACGGACCACUCUAUAUUAGCUAAGAAUCCAUACGAUAUUCCUGGCAAGCCGUCAGUGCCGACCAUCGAGGACUGGGAUGUAGAUCGCGUGGACCUGAAGUGGGAGGCGCCCAAGAACACUGGAGGCGCACCCAUCACUGGAUACAUCAUUGAAAAGAAGGAGAAAUUCGGACAGUGGCAGGAGGCUCUUGUUACCACGACACCGGAGUGCAAGGCGCGUGUACCAGAGCUGCGCGAAGGCAAUACGUACCAGUUCCGCGUGCGCGCCGUCAACAAGGCCGGCCCCGGGGAGCCCGGAGAGCCCACGCAGCCGCAUGUCGCUAAAGCAAGAUUCUUGAAACCAUACAUAAACCGCGACAAGAUGGUGGCGAUCCGCGUACGAGCUGGUACCACCAUCAGACUGGAUGUGGACGUGAGAGGAGAACCUCCUCCGACCAAGACAUGGACAUUCGCCAAUAAGGUGGUCGAGACCGGCCUUGGUGUGAAGCUGGAAAACGAGGACUACAACACUAAGCUGCAGAUCUUCGAGUCCACCUGGAAGAACUCUGGCAUCUACACGCUAAAGGCUGAGAAUGACUCCGGAGUAGAUGAGGCUACCGUUGAAGUUACCGUACUUGAUAAGCCAGGUAAACCUGAAGGUCCUCUGGAGGUGUCAGACGUACACGCAGAGCACGUGAAGCUGAGCUGGAACAAGCCGAAACACACAGGAGGAUUGCCUCUCAGCGCAUACGUGGUGGAGAAGAUGGACACCCUCACCGGAAAGUGGGUGCCCGCGGGUACUGUGGAGCCUGACACUACUGAGGCUACUGUCACUGGUUUGGAGCCAGGUCGUACCUACCAGUUCAGGGUGAAAGCUCUGAACGAGGAAGGUGAGUCGGAGCCCCUGGAGACGGACCACGGCAUCCUGGCGAAGAACCCGUAUGACGUGCCUGCGGCUCCCGGCCUGCCGGACAUCGUGGACUGGGAUGAGAAGUCCGCUAAACUCAAGUGGGAGCCCCCCAUCAGGGACAAUGGAGCACCCAUCACGGGGUACAUCAUCGAAGUCAUGGAUAGAGAUAGGGGCGAGUUUGUUAAGGCCGCUGAGAUCCAUGGCAACAUCUGUCAAGGCACCGUACCCAAGCUGGAGGAGGGCAACCAGUAUCAGUUCAGAGUACGCGCAUUGAACAAGGCGGGACAGUCGGAACCUUCCGAGAACACCAACUGGCAUACUGCUAAACCACGAUUCUUGAAACCGCGCAUCGACCGUACAAACCUGAACCCAUUGACAGUAAAGGCUGGAUUACCAGUGUCUUUGGAUGUGAAAGUGUUCGGUGAACCACCAGCCACGGUGACCUGGCACUUCAAGGGUGAGGAGCUGAAGAACGGCCCCAACUUGGAGAUCAUCAACGUGGAUUACAACACCAAGUUCCUGAUGACGAAGAGCAAGCGCGCUAACACCGGAAAAUACGUCAUCAAGGCCAAGAAUGAAGUUGGUGAGGAUGAGGCCGAGAUCGAAAUUACUAUACUUGGCAAGCCAUCUAAGCCCAAGGGUCCAUUGGAAGUGUCCGACGUGACAAAGAACAGCUGCACACUGACGUGGGACAAGCCGGAGGACGACGGCGGCGCGCCCAUCGAGUACUACGAGAUUGAAAAAUUAGACCCACUUACUGGACAAUGGCUGCCGUGCGGCACCGCUAAGGACUGCAAGGCGAAUGUCGCGGGUCUGCAGGAGGGCAAGCCUUACAAGUUCCGUGUUAAGGCUGUCAACAAGGAGGGAGAGUCUGAAGAACUCGAGACUGACAAACCUAUCAUCGCUAAGAACCCAUACGACGAGCCCGGCAAACCUGGUCGCCCUGAGCCCCGUAACUGGGACAAGGACUUUGUGGACCUCGAAUGGGCCCCGCCCAAGGAAGACGGCGGCGCGCCCAUCAUUGGCUAUAUUGUACAGAAACGAGAGAAGGGUGGAAGAACAUGGCAAGACUGUCUGAAGACGAGCGGCGAGCGGCCCACAGGCCGUGUCACUGAUGUUGAGGAGGGCCACGAGUACCAGUUCCGUGUGAUCGCCGUCAACAAGGCCGGCCCCGGAGAGCCCUCGGAGCCAAGUCGAUCUGUCAUCGCCAAGCCUAGAUUCUUGGCACCUAAAAUCGACCGCAAAUACCUACAAAAGAGAAAGAUCAAGGUUGGCCAAACCCUUAAGAUGGAGGCCGAUGUGAAGGGAGAGCCCGAGCCUACCAUCACCUGGACCUUCAACGAACAAGCCCUCAAGACAGAAGAAAGGCUGAAGAUAGAGAACAAAGACUAUCACACCUCGUUCUCACUGCUGAAGGUGACCAGAGCUGAUAGUGGCAAGUACACCGUCACCGCCAAGAAUGACUCCGGCACUGAUACUGUGGAUGUGGAAGUGUCCGUUGUUAGCAAACCUACUAAGCCUAAAGGACCAUUGCAAGUAUCUGAUGUGAAAGCAGACGGCUGCAAGCUCAAGUGGGAGCCUCCAGAAGAUGACGGUGGUGAGCCUGUCGAGAGCUACGUUGUUGAGCGUAUGGACACCGAGUCGGGCAGAUGGGUGCCCGUCUGCACCACCAAGACCCCGGAGGCUGACGUCACGGGACUCAACGAGGGCAAGGACUACUUGUUCAGGGUGAAGGCUGUCAACCCUGAGGGAGAGAGUGAACCGCUCGUCACUGAAACCGCUACUACAGCUAAGAAUCCUUAUGGUGAACCGGAUGCACCUGGUAAGCCAGAUAUCAAGGACUGGGACAAACAGCACGUGGACCUCAAAUGGGAGAAGCCUGCCAACGACGGUGGCGCCCCCAUCACUGCAUACAUCGUGGAGAAGAAGGACCGCGACACCGGCAAAUGGGUGAAAGCUGUUGAGGUCCCCGGACACAAGACAGAGGCUCGUGUGCCUGAUUUAAUCGAAGGGAAAACAUACCAGUUCCGUGUGAAGGCGGUCAACAAGGCCGGCCCAGGCAAACCUUCGCAAGCCACAGAUAACUUAUUGGCUAAGGAUAGAUUCGCCCCGCCUAAGAUUGACCGCACCAACAUGCGCGAUAUUACCAUCAAGGCUGGUCAGAUGAUCAGACUUGAUGUGAAGGUGAGCGGGGAACCGCCACCGACCAAGACAUGGUUCCAGAACAAGGAGCGUCUCUCAACACGGGACGAUCUGUCCAUAGACUCGGAGGAGUACCGCAUCAAGCUCUCCGUGGUGGUGGCCUCGCGCAAGCACAGCGGCACAUACGUGCUGAAGGCUGAGAACAGCAGCGGAAGAGAUGAAGCCUCUAUUGAGGUGAAGGUCCUGGAUGUACCAGCCAAGCCUGAAGGACCGCUGAAGAUAUCGGACGUGCACAAAGAAGGCUGCACAUUGAAAUGGAACGCGCCAUUGGACGACGGUGGCGCCCCCAUCGACCACUACUUAGUGGAGAAACUGGACACGGAGACCGGCCGCUGGGUGCCCGCGCUCAAGACCAAGGACCCCAAGGCCGAGGUGGAGAACCUGGUGCCGGGACACGAGUACAAGUUCAGAGUUUCCGCUGUUAAUAACGAAGGUGUCUCUGAACCUUUGGAGGGAGAACAUUCGAUUAUCGCUAAGAAUCCCUUCGACGAGCCCGGCAAGCCUGGCACGCCGGAGGUGGUGGACUGGGACAAGGACCACGUGGACCUCAAGUGGCAGAAGCCCAUCAAGGAUGGCGGAGCGCCCAUCACCGGUUACAUCAUCGAGAAGAGAGAAGUCGGCUCACCCAAAUGGGUGAAAGCCUGCGAGGUUGGACCAAAUGAUAACGAGAAAGCGACAGUGCCGCACCUAGACGAAGGCGUGGAGUACGAGUUCAGAGUGAAGGCGGUGAACGAGGCCGGCCCCGGCGAGCCCAGUGAUGCCAGCAAGUCCGUCGUGUGCAAACCUAGGAGAUUGGCACCAAAGAUCGAUCGUCGUAAUCUGCGUCCCAUCAAGGUGCGAGAGGGCGAGCCUAUCGCGCUGGACGUGAAGGUGACGGGCGAGCCCGCACCCGACGUCGUCUGGACCCUCGCCGGCAAGUCCGUCACCUCGGGUAACGGGCUUAAGUUGGUGAAUGUACCUUACCUGAGCAAGUACCAGCACGCCAGCCCGCGCCGCAAGGACUCCGGCACUUACAAGAUACAAGCUGUCAACAAGUACGGACAGGACACCGCCGAGCUGGAGAUCACUGUUACUUCGAAACCGGACAAACCAGAGGGACCGUUAGAAGUAUCUGAUAUACACAAAGAGGGCUGCACGCUGAAGUGGAAGCGGCCCAAGGACGAUGGAGGGGAGCCCAUCGAGGGUUACCUGGUGGAGAAGUACGACACCGAGACUGGCACCUGGCUGCCAGUCGGCAAGACCCUCGGCAACGUGCCUGAGAUGGAGGUUGACGGUUUAAUUCCUGGACACGAGUACAAGUUCCGUGUGAAAGCUGUCAACAAGGAAGGCGAGUCGGAGCCGCUGGAGACAUUCGGCGCUAUCGUCGCUAAGGAUCCAUUUACUGUACCAGACGCGCCGACAGCGCCAGUGCCCGAUGACUGGUCAGCCAACCACGUGGACCUGAAGUGGGAGGCGCCGGUAUCGGAUGGCGGGUCACCCAUCAUUGGUUACAUCAUUGAGAAGAAGGACAAGUACAGUCCGUUGUGGGAGAAGGCGUUGGAGACUCACACGCCUACGCCCAGUGCUACUAUUAAUGGCCUAAUCGAAGGCAACGAGUACCAGUUCCGCGUGGUGGCGGUGAACAAGGCGGGGCAGAGCAAGCCGUCAGAGGCCAGCAAGACGUUCGUGGCCAAGCCGCGCUUCCUCGCGCCCAAGAUCGACCGCCGCCAUCUGCGUGACGUCACGCUCUCCGCUGGCGCCGCGCUCCGACUGGAAGCGGCUGUUACUGGCGAGCCAGCGCCUGCUGUCGAAUGGAGAUACCAAAAUAUGCCUCUGCGACCAUCUAAAGCGGUGACCAUCGACUCACCUGAGUACUUCACCAAGCUGGUGAUACGUCCGGUGCGACGCGACGACUCCGGAGAGUACACCGUCACUGCUGUCAACUCCAGUGGCAAAGAUACCGUUACCAUCAACGUGGUGGUCACUGACAAGCCAACUAAGCCUGAAGGACCACUACAGAUCUCUGACGUGCACAAAGAAGGUGCGACACUAAAAUGGAAGCGGCCGAAGGACGACGGCGGCGCGCCCAUCGAGUACUACCAGGUGGACAAGCUGGACACCGAGACUGGCUGCUGGGUGCCCUGCGCGCGCUCCGAGGAGCCAAAAUGCGAAGUAACGGGUCUGACGCCGGGCAAGGAGUACAAGUUCCGCGUGUCUGCCGUCAACUCGGAGGGCGAGUCGGAGCCUCUCGUCUCCGAGACCAGCAUCGUCGCCAAGAAUCCAUUUGAUGAACCUGGAGCGCCAGGCACACCUUCCGUGACUGAUUGGGACAAGGACCACGUGGACCUCAAAUGGACCCCGCCGAAGGAAGACGGCGGUGCACCCAUCGAGGGUUACAUCGUGGAGAAGAAGGACAAGUUCGGCAACUGGGAGAAGGCGCUGGAGGUGCCGGCUGGCAAGACCACCGCCACCGUGCCUGACCUUGUCGAAGGUCAGACGUAUGAGUUCAGGGUGCGAGCGGUGAACAAGGCGGGUCCGGGUGAGCCCAGCGACAGCACACACCCCAUAGUGGCCAAGCCGCGCAACAUGGCGCCCAAGAUCGACAGGACCAACCUUAUUGAUAUCAAGAUCAAAGUCGGACAGAAGUUUGCAUUCGACGUCAAGGUGUCAGGUGAACCGAUGCCGGAGACGAAGUGGUUCUUAGCUAAGAAGGAGGUGAAGUCGUACGGCGACAUGAAGGUGCAGCACUCCGACUACAACACGAAGCUGACGUGCAAGGCGGCCACCAGGUCCGACAGCGGCCGCUACACCAUCACCGCGGAGAAUGUCAACGGCAAAGACGUGGCGGAGGUCGAGGUGAUCGUGCUCAGCGUGCCCAGCCCGCCUGGAGGACCACUCAAGGUAUCAGACGUGCACGCAAACGGUGCGAAGCUAUCAUGGAACCCGCCGGCAGACGACGGCGGCCAACCCAUUGAGAAGUAUGUGGUGGAGCGCAUGGACGAGGCCACGGGCCGCUGGGUGCAGGCCGGGGAGACCCUCGGCCCGGAGACCAGCCUGCCGGUGGACGGCCUGCAGCCCGGACACAAGUACAAGUUCAGAGUACGUGCUGUUAACAGGCAAGGUAAAUCAGAACCUCUCACGACACCACACGCUACUGAAGCUAAGAAUCCAUUCGACGUGGCCGGCAAGCCCGGCACGCCCAAGAUCAAGGACUUCGACAAGGACUUUGUGGAGCUGGAAUGGACCCGCCCAGAGACCGAUGGUGGAGCUCCCAUCACGGGAUACGUCAUCGAGAAGAAGGACCGCUUCUCACCAGACUGGGAGGAGUGUGCUCAGAUCGAGGGCGACGUAACUUCCGGUAAAGUUCCCGACCUCAUCGAAGGCAAUACAUACGAGUUCCGCGUCCGCGCCGUCAACAAGGCCGGCAAGGGCGUGCCCAGCGACGGUACAGCGCCGCAUCUCGCCAGGCCUAAGAACUUACCACCCAAAAUUGACAGGAACUUCAUGUUUGAUAUCAAGAUCAAGGUCGGACAGAACUUCGACCUUGAAGUGCCCGUGGCUGGAGAACCGACGCCAACCAAGGAAUGGCUGCACGGCGACAACGUUGUCCUUAAUACCGACAGGAUCAAGAUUGUCAAUGACGCUCACACCACCAAGUUCCGUGUGAUCGACGCUAAGAGAGCAGACUCAGGAACAUACACUCUUAAAGCCAAAAACAUCAACGGCACCGAUUCUGCUACUGUCAAAGUGCUAGUAAUGGACGUGCCGACGGCGCCGGAGGGACCGCUGCGAGCAGACGACAUCACGAAGUCUGGCUGCUCGCUGCGCUGGCGCCCGCCUAAGGACGACGGCGGCUGUGAGAUCACACACUAUGUUGUUGAGAAAAUGGACCAAGAAAAUCUCCGCUGGGUGCCCGCCGGAGAAGUGCAAGGUUGCCACAUACGUAUUGAUCAUCUGAUUGAAGGACACGACUACAACUUCCGCGUCCGCGCCGUCAACAAACAAGGCGAGUCGCAACCGCUAGUAGGCCAGGAAGCGAUCACUGCCAAGGACCCGUACGGAACACCAGACAAACCUGGCACCCCGGUGGUCAAAGACUGGGACAAAGACCAUAUGGACUUGGAAUGGGUACCGCCCAAGAAAGAUGGUGGUACUCCAAUCACAGGAUACAUUAUCGAAGCCAAGAAGAAGUACGGACCUUGGGAAGUCGCAGCCACUGUACCUGGAAACCAAACUACAGCUACGGUACCAGGAUUACAAGAAGGAGAGGAGUACGAGUUCAGAGUUAUCGCUGUGAACAAAGCAGGUAAUGGUGAACCGAGUGACGCAUCCACUCCGCAAGUGGCUAAAGCCAGAUUCUGCGCUCCGCACUUCGACAAGAUGUUGCUCGCUGACAAGACCGUCAAGGCAGGACAACGCAUACAGUAUGAGAUACCGAUCGAAGCAUCACCUAAGCCGACAGUCGAAUGGCAGAUCAACGGCAAAGUUGUUCAGCCAUCAGAUAGAAUCGACAUUCAAAUUUUGCACAACAGGGUUAUCUUAGACAUUCCAUUCUCCGUCCGCUCCGACGGAGGAGUUUACAAACUGACAUUGAAGAAUGAUCUUGGAGUUUGUUCAGCUUCGGCUCAAGUCACAGUACUAGACAAACCGUCCAGGCCGGAGAAGCCGCUCGUGGUCUCCGAUGUUACAAAGGAUUCGUGCUCGCUGUCAUGGAAGGUGCCGCUCGACGACGGUGGAUCACCAAUCUUACAUUAUGUCAUAGAGAAAAUGGACUUAUCUCGCGGUACGUGGUCGGAUGCCGGCAUGAGCACCUUCCUUUCCCACCAAGUGACAAGAUUAAUACACAUGAAGGAAUAUCUGUUUAGAGUGAGCGCAGUUAACGCUAUCGGUCAAUCUGAACCUUUAGAAUUGGACCGCGCUAUUGUAGCGAAGAACGAAUUCGAUGAACCUUCCGCUCCUGGCAAACCUGUAGCAACAGACUGGAGCAAGGAUCACGUAGAUUUGGAAUGGGCCGCACCCAAAUCCGACGGCGGUGCACCCAUUACUGGAUACAUUGUCCAAAAGAAGGAGAAGGGAAGCCCGUACUGGGUAAAUGCGGUCCAUGUGCCUUCUAAACAGACCAAGGCAACGGUGCCAGAUCUAAUAGAAGGUCAAGACUAUGAAUUUAGAGUUAUCGCCGUCAAUCAAGCCGGACAAUCUGAACCUAGUGAACCUUCUGAUAUUAUCACUGCCAAGGACAGAUUUGUCGCACCUAAAAUCAUCACACCACUUAAGGAGGUUCGUAUCAAGGCCGGUCUUAUUUUCCACGUGGACGUGGACUUUAUCGGAGAGCCUAUACCGGAGGUCAAAUGGACUUGCGAAGGCAGAACUGUGGUAACCAACGAGAGGACUACAGUCACCUCGGUGGGACAUCACACUAUUAUUCAUACUGUGAACUGCAAGCGUUCAGAUGCUGGCAAAUACAACUUAUUCUUGAAGAAUGACUCUGGAACUGACGAGGGCAGCUUCGAACUGAUCGUAUUGGAUGUUCCGGGAGCACCACAGCCUCCAUUCGAGUACGAGGAGAUCACUGCUCAAUCUGUUACCUUGUCAUGGAAGCCACCUAAAGACAACGGCGGCAGUGAACUUACCGCCUACGUCAUUGAAAAACGUGAUCUAACUCAUGGCGGCGGCUGGGUUCCGGCCGUUACUUAUAUCAACCCUAAAAAUACACACGCAACUGUUCCUCGUCUCUCCGAGGGUACCAAGUACGAGUUCAGAGUGUUCGCAGAAAACUUGCAGGGUCGGUCCGAACCUCUCGUGACCGACAAACCUGUUGUUGCCAAAAACCAAUAUACCGUACCUGGCAAACCAGGAAAACCAGAGCUCGUAUCUGCGGAUAAGGACCAUAUUAAGAUCAAGUGGUCUUCGCCAAUCUCGAACGGUGGCUCAAACAUUCUAGGCUACGAUGUCGAAAGAAGAGACAAAGCUACAGGCAGAUGGAUCAAGGUCAACAAGGAACCUGUUAGGUUCAACGAGUACGAAGACGAUAGAGUACAAGAAGGUCACCAGUACGAAUACAGAGUAUCUGCUGUUAACGCAGCCGGACCUGGUCAGCCUUCUGAGCCGUCUAAUGUUAUCAUUGCUAAGCCGAUGAAGGAGAAACCGAAACUGUCUCUUGACCACCUCAUCGGUCGUAAGAUUAAGGUUCGCGCUGGUGAACCGAUUAAUAUUAACAUUCCAAUCGCAGGUGCUCCGACACCGAAGAUAACCUGGACCAAGGGCGCCAUCCCGCUCGUUCCUUCACACAGACUUUCCUCUGAGACUAGUCCCGAUGAGACAAAGCUUAGCAUUGAGAAGUCUACCAGAGACGAUGCUGGCAAAUACACUAUCACUGCAACUAAUGAAUAUGGCAAAGACUCUGCUGACAUUGAGGUUAUUGUCGUCGACAAACCUGGUAUACCGAAGGGACCAUUGUCAUGCACACCUGUUACACACGAAACUAUGAGUCUGACCUGGUUACCGCCCACAGACGACGGUGGCAGUGAAAUUACUGGCUACGUCGUUGAGGUUGCGGAAUUCGGUGUCAACGACUGGCGCACUGUGGCCGGUUUCUGUCCGAAAUGCUCGUUCACUGUUAAGAAUCUAACCGAAGGCAAGAAAUACGUCUUUAGAGUACGAGCUGAGAACUUGUACGGACUCUCCGAACCGCUGGAGAGCAAGCCGAUUAUAGCUAAACUGCCUUUCGAUCCACCUGAUGCACCAGACACGCCUAAGAUCACUGGCUACAGUGCAAACAGCUGCUCCCUUGAAUGGCAACCGCCGACUAACACUGGCGGAAAGCCUAUUACCGGUUACAACGUCGAAAAGAGGGAACGUGGUGGUGAAUGGGUAAAGGUUAACAACUAUCCUACACCCAACACGUGCUACACCGUCCAAGACUUACGCGAGGGUAACCGCUAUGAAUUCCGUGUUAUCGCAGUCAACGAAGCCGGCCCUGGCAAACCCAGUAAACCGACCGAACCUAUUAUUGCACAAACUCAGAGGCUCAAACCCAGCGCUCCCGAGGCACCUAAGCCCGACAGAAUCACUAAAGAUUCGGUCACACUCUCGUGGAGACCGCCAAAGAGCGAUGGCGGCGCUAAGAUUAAGGGAUAUAUCAUUCAACAGAAGGCCAAGGGAGACAAAGACUGGAAAGACGUUAACGACACACCUAUUCCAAGCCUUGUUCAUACGGUACCGAAACUCAAAGAAGGCGAAGAAUAUCAGUUCAGAGUUAUUGCCGUUAAUGAAGUUGGCAAUUCGGAGCCCAGCAAACCUACUGCCGAUAUUACGAUUGCAGAACAACCGAACAAACCUUGCAUGGAUCUCGGCGGUGUGCGUGACAUCACCGUACGCGCUGGUGAAGAUUUCUCUAUUCACGUGCCUUACACCGGUUUCCCGCAACCGACCGCAUCUUGGUUCGCCGACGAUAACCUCCUUGACGUCGACCGCGACUCGAGGAUAUUCCAGAAGAUCACACCGGACUCCGCUUCGCUCGUGGUUAAGAACGCCAAGAGAUCAGACGGAGGCCAGUAUAGAUUGCAACUCCGCAACCCAUCCGGAUACGACACGGCCACGAUCAACGUGCGCGUCCUCGACAGACCAGGCAAGCCUGAAAACCUUCGUGCUGAUGAAUUCGAGGGCGAAGCGCUCACGCUUUACUGGAAUCCGCCUAAAGACAAUGGUGGCGGAGAGAUCACAAACUACGUUGUGGAAAAACGCGAAGCACGUUCACCCACUUGGACCAAGGUCUCCGGAUACGUCACGACACCGUUCCUCCGCGUAAAGAACUUGACCGUUGGCAGGGACUACGAGUUCAGAGUCAUGGCUGAGAACCAAUACGGCCAAUCGGAGCCAGCGCAGACUACCGAGCCGAUCAAGGCGAGACAUCCGUUCGAUCCGCCAGGCCCGCCUGGCGUGCCACGGUCCGUCGAGACCACGGAGUCAUCCAUUACAGUCACGUGGUCCAAGCCACGCAACGACGGUGGCUCCCCGAUCACCGGAUACAUCCUCGAAAAGAGGCUUAUCACAGAAGACAAAUGGACAAAGGCGUGCCACGCACACAUUCCAGACACGACGUACCGUGUGACCGGGCUGAUCGAGAACCACGAGUACGAGUUCCGUGUAAGCGCAGUGAAUGCAGCAGGACAGGGACCAUACUCGCAGAGCUCGGACGCGAUCCGCGCCUGCGCCCCGCCCAACUGCCCGCGCAUCACCAGCGACCUCAGCCUGCGCGACAUCACCGUCAUCGCCGGCGAGGAGAUCAAGAUCACUGUUCCCUUCACCGGCAACCCGAGACCGAAGGUGUCAUGGAUUGUGAACAACGACGAGGUGUUCCCGGACAACCGUAUCAGGUUCGUGACGUCAGACCGCGACACGGUGUUCCUCAACAGCAGCGCCAAGCGCUCCGACACCGGCUCCUACACCGUGCAGCUCCUCAACUGCGAGGGCUCUGACAGCGGUACCUGCAGGGUGCUGGUUGUAGACAAACCAUCUCCUCCAGUAGGCCCUCUGGACUGCUCCGACAUCACGCCGGACACUUGCACGCUGUCAUGGAAACCACCGCUAGAUGACGGCGGCUCUCCCAUCACUAAUUACAUUGUAGAGAAGCUGGACAAUACUGGCGUGUGGUCGAAGAUAUCUUCGUUUGUACGCAACUGUCAUUACAAUGUAAUGGGAUUAGAACCAAACAAGAGAUAUACGUUCCGCGUUCGCGCUGAAAACCAAUACGGCGUUUCUGAACCUCUUAGCAUGGACGACUCUAUUACUGCUAAGUACUCGUUCACUGUCCCGGACGCGCCGGGCAUGCCGCGCGUGCUGGACUGGGAUGGCUCCACGGCCACCGUGUCGUGGGACAGGCCGCGCUCCGACGGCGGCGCGCGCAUACAAGGAUACAAGGUCGAGUUCAGAGACGUACAGGACAGCGUCUGGUCCAGUGCUGACUACCUCGUCAAGGAAUGUAAUUACCAGGCUUACAAUCUGGAGCCUGGCCACGAGUACGAGUUCCGCGUCCGCGCGAAGAACGCGGCGGGUCUGAGCAAGCACUCGGCGAGCUCUGCGCCGUUCCGCGUGCGCGCGCGCGCCGCCCCGCCCUCCGCGCCGCAGAGCCCGCGCGUGCUGCGUGUCGGACGCAACUACGUAGACCUCGUGUGGCAGCCGCCCGCUAGCGACGGAGGUUCCCGUAUAACCGGGUACAUAAUCGAGCGGCGCGAGACGAGCAGCUCGGUGUGGCUGAAGUGCAACGACUACAACGUGCAGGACACCAGCUACACCGCGCUGCAGCUGCACGAGCGCGCCGACUACGAGUUCAGAAUUAUUGCUGUUAAUGCUGCUGGUAAAUCUGAGCCAUCCAGUUGUACCACACCGGUGCGCACUGGAGAGGAAGCUGGCGGCGUCAAACCGGAGUGGCUGAAACCACUGCCGGCCACGCUGACAGCGCCGCUGGGCCGGCCCUACACGCUGCAAUGCCAAGCCAGUGGCACGCCAGUACCAACUGGACGCUGGCUCAAGAAUGGCCGCGAGAUCGUGCUCGGCGCUAGGUAUAUUGCGGAGUCACGUGAGGGUACGCUGAAGCUGAAUAUCCUGGAGGUGGCGGAUGGUGACGAGGGUGACUACACCUGCGAAGCUGUCAACAGCCUCGGAUUUAUCUACUGUAUCGCACAUCUUAAGAUUGGAAGUCCACCUCGCAUCACACGCAUGCCGGGCGACCUCCACCUACCGGAACACGACAACACAAAGAUAAAGAUCCUGUACACGGGCGACCAGCCGGUCGACGUGACGUUGUCGCGUGACGGCCGCGUGCUCUCGGAGACACCGCACUUCAAGUACACAGUCUUCGAUGAUUAUAUUCUCAUCUUUAUCAAGGAUAUUACUAAAGAUGAUAUGGGUAUAUACAAAUUGACGAUCAAGAAUAACUCUGGUGAGACAUCAGACACGUUCUCUGUGACCGUGACCGGCUUGCCAGGACCACCACAAGGCCCGCUCGAAGUGAGCGAUAUAACGCGUCAUACGUGCACGUUGUCAUGGAAACCGCCCGCAUACGACGGAGGGCUGCCAAUCACGCACUACGUGGUCGAACGUAUCGAUGUGUCUGGUACCACUUGGAUAACCAUCGCGUCUUCUGUACGUGAUACUAAGUUCACUGUGCACGGACUGACAGAAGGACAAGAGUACAACUUUAGGGUCCACGCCGCCAAUGAUAAUGGAAUCGGACCAGGAUUGGAAGGUGUCAACCCUGUUAAGGCGAAGGCACCAUUCGACCCGCCAUCAGCACCAGGCGUGCCUAAGAUCUUAGAAGUGGGCGGACACUUCGUACAUCUGGAAUGGGAGAAACCCGAAAGCGAUGGAGGCGCUAGGAUACAAGGUUAUUGGGUAGAUAAACGCGAGGUAGGGUCUAGCAGCUGGCAGCGUGUGAACGCGACGCUGUGUCUGCCGACGCAGCUGAACUGCGCCAACCUGGUGGAAGGUCGUCAGUACGAGUUCCAGGUGACGGCGCAGAAUGAAGCUGGAGUGUCCCCGCCAAGUACUGCCUCGCAGCAAGUCAAGGUCGUCGAUCCUAAGGCGGCAACGCCACCUGAGAUCGUGAAGCCUCUGAAGAACGCCAACUGCAUACAGAACCACAACGCCAAGUUCCAGUGCACCAUCACUGGAUCACCUAAACCAACCAUCACCUGGUAUAAGGGUGCCCGUGAGAUAGGCAACGGUCCGCGGUACCGCAUCUGGAGCGAGGGUGACAACCACUUCCUGACGGUGGCGGACGUGUUCGGCGAGGACGCGGACGAGUACGUGUGCCGCGCCGUCAACCGCGCCGGCGUCAAGAGCACGCGCGCAGAGCUGCUCAUCAUGACUGCACCGAAACUGAACGUUCCGCCUCGGUUCCGCGACACGGCGUACUUCGACAAGGGAGAGAACGUCGUCAUCAAGAUCCCCUUCACUGGCCACCCCGUGCCCAAGAUCACGUGGGUGCGUGAAGGAGAGACCAUCGAGUCUGGUCUCCACUACCAUGUCGAGAGGAAAGAGCGCCACGCUAUCUUAACAAUCCGUGACGCCAGCAAGAUGGACUCCGGUCCGUACAGGAUCACCGCGGAGAAUGAACUGGGACAGGACUCGGCUGUUAUCAACAUUGAAAUUAGUGACCGUCCGGACCCGCCGCGGUUCCCUGCCGUGGACAGCAUCGGCGUGGACUCGCUGGCGGUGAGCUGGCGCGCGCCGGUAUGGGACGGCGGCUCCGACAUCACCAGCUACCUGCUGGAGAAGAGGGAGCACCCCAUGACCAGCUGGAUACGAGUCGGCACCACCAGGUUCACCACAAUGGCGGUGACGGGUCUAGUCCCCGGCAAGCAGUACGAGUUCCGCGUCUACGCAGAGAAUAUCUACGGCCGCUCGGAACCCAGCGAGCCUACCACGCUCGUACAGACAAAGUCCAUCAUCAAAAAGGAGUUCAAGAAGAAGGAAUAUCCAGUGGAUGAGACAGGCAAACGUAUCCGCACUAACGCGGACCACGGUCCAGUGAAAGACUACGACAGCUACGUGUUUGACGUGUACAGCAAAUACGUUCCCCAGCCAGUGGACAUCAGCACUUGCUCCGUGUACGACAAAUACGAUAUACUGGAGGAGAUUGGCACAGGCGCGUUCGGCGUAGUGCACAGGUGUCGCGAGAGGAGCACCGGCAAUUACUUCGCGGCUAAGUUCAUACCAGUCGCCGGUGCGAUGGAGAAGGAGCUCAUCAAGAAAGAGAUAGAUAUAAUGAAUCAGCUACACCAUAGGAAACUGAUCAAUUUACACGACGCCUUUGAAGAUGAUGAUGAAAUGGUUCUCAUAUUCGAAUUUUUGUCCGGCGGCGAGCUGUUCGAGCGCAUCACGGAGCCAGGGUACAGCAUGAGCGAAGCCGAGGCGGCGCACUACAUGCGGCAGGUGUGCGAGGGCGUGCGCCACAUGCACGAGCAGAACAUCAUACAUCUCGACCUCAAGCCUGAGAACGUCAUGUGCCAGACGAGGACCGGCACUGAUGUUAAGAUCAUUGACUUCGGGUUAGCUACAAAAUUGGACCCGAACGAAGUAGUGAAGAUAUCAACUGGCACUGCGGAGUUCGCUGCUCCGGAGAUCGUGGAGCGCGAGCCAGUCGGCUUCUACACCGACAUGUGGGCCGUCGGCGUGCUCGCUUACGUGCUAUUGUCCGGUCUAUCGCCGUUCGCUGGUAACAACGACAUCGAGACCCUCAAGAACGUGAAGGCGUGCGACUGGGAGUUCGACGAGGAGGCCUUCCAGCACGUCUCUGAUGAUGCUAAAGACUUCAUCCGACGUCUGCUUGUCAAGAAUAAGGAGAAGCGUCUAACAGCACACGAGUGCCUGGCGCACCGCUGGCUGGCGGGCGAGGGCGCGGCCUCGCGCACCGCGCCCGUGCCCGCGCGCCGCCUCGAGCAGAUGCGCGACAGGCUGCGCGCGAGAUACCAGAACUGGUCGUCGUUCGUGUUGCCCAUCGGCAGGCUGAGUGAAUACAGUUCUCUUCGUAAAUUGCUCAUCGAGAAAUGGAAGAUCUACGAUGGACAGUUCGACCGGCGGCAAGCCGCACCGCGGUUCGUGAUAAAGCCGCAGUCCGCGUUCUGCUACGAGGGGCAGUCGGUGAAGCUGUACUGCCGCGUGGUGGCCUGCGCCGCGCCCACGCUCACCUGGUCCCGCAACAACAGGGAGCUGCGCCAGUCCGUCAAGUUCAUGAAGAGGUACUCCGGCAACGACUACUACUUCAUCAUCAACCGUACGAAGCUGGAGGACCGCGGCGAGUACAUCAUCCGCGCGGAGAACCACUACGGCUUCCGCGAGGAGGUCGUCUUCCUCAACGUGCAGCCGGUGCCGCGAGUACAGCGGCAGCCCGCAGCGGAGGCGCCGCGUCGCCGCGAGCCGCUGCCCUACACGUUCUGGCAGGAGUCCAGCGAGACAGCGCCCGCUUUCACGUUCCAGCUGCGGCCGCGUGUGAUGCAGGCGCGCGACACCUGCAAGCUGCUCUGCUGUCUUAGUGGCAAGCCAACACCCACUGUUAAAUGGUACAAGGACAAGCGGGAGUUGUCGAAGUACGACUACAACAUGACGCACUCGGACGGCGUGGUGACCAUGGAGAUCGUGGACUGCCGGCCCGAGGACAGCGGCAAGUACACCUGCGUCGCCACCAACGUGCACGGCACCGACGAGACUUCCUGCGUCGUCAUCGUUGAAGGCGAGGUAGUGAGCGCGGAGCAGGCUCAGCUGGCGCACAAGUUCCUGCACUCGGGCGACCGCCGCUACAUCGAGAAGCCGCUCAAACCCGCGCCGCAGCCUAUCAUCACCAAGACAAAGGUGACAAUCGACCCGCCGAGCAAGUCGCAGGCGCAGACGCCGCGGCCCAAGUACUCGCCGCAGAGCUCCAUCGAGCCCGCCAAGAAGAAGUACGGCGCCAAGCUCGGGGACUCGGACUCCACCUCCUCACGCUCCAGGAGCGCUACCAAGGAACUAGUCCUGCCGGCGUCCGACUCGUCGAUGUGCGCGCCGUCGUUCGCGCGCGCGCUGCCGGGCGCGGUGUGCGCGCGCGACGCCGCGCCGCUGCUGCUGUCGUGCAGCGUGCGGGGCGACCCCGACCCCCGCGUCGAGUGGUACAAGGAUGGGAAACCACUGCACUCAUCAGACGUGGUGAACCUGAAGUACAAGAACAGCGUGGCGUCGCUGGCGAUAGCGGAGGUGUUCCCGGAGGACGAGGGCGUGUACUCGCUGAAGGCCAUCAACAGCCAGGGCGAGGUCGAGACCAAGUGCAACGUCACCGUCAAACCGGCGGAGAGCACGCCCUCUGGCGGCGUCAAGUUCGGUGACAAGCCGCCCAGGAUCGUGGACCAUGCGGUGUCACAGAUCGUCAACGACGGCGAUGCUGUCACGUUGUCAUGCAGGAUCGUGGGCGCGGAGAGAUUUGACGUAGUAUGGCUACACAACUACAAGGAGAUCAAGCCCUCGAAGGACUUCCAGUAUUCCAGUGAGGCUAAUAUACACAAGCUGCACAUCGCAGAGAUAUUCCCAGAGGACGCAGGUGUGUACACAUGCGAGGCGUUCAACGACGCGGGCGAGUCGUUCUCGUCGUGUUCGCUGGUGGUGCGCGUGUCGGGCGAGCCGGCCGCCGCGCCGCAGUACGCCGCCUUCCCCGCCUCCGCCACCGUCGCCGCCGCGGAGCCCGCCCUCUUCACCGCGCAGCUGGACCAGCCACCGCUCCAGCUGCAAUGGUUGAAGGACGGCAAGCCUAUCGACGAAAGUUCGCCGCGGUACAAGUUCACGAUGGAGGGCUCCACAUACCAGCUGGAGAUCAGCAAGUGCAGCUCCGAAGACAGUGGACAGUACCAAGCACGCGCCGUCGGCAACAAGGGAGACGCACUCGCCGCCUUCUACCUCAACGUCGUCGACAACUAGGGCCCGCAUCGCACCCUUGCGGCAUCCCAACAAUUAUACAAGCCUGCAUCUAUAUUAUCUCGAAUAUCAUACUGGAAUACGAUUUUUUUUAUACAAUUCGGAGUCUAAUAGUGUAAAGGAGUUUUUUUAUAUUAAAUUAUUUAUUAAUAUAUUAAGUAAAUAAUAAGUGUUACCCUAUCGAAUGCCUAUGAGAAGUCGCUUGGAAGAUCGAAUCCUCGCUCUCUAGUCACUUUUAAAUGUUAUUUUAUUUAUUGUCGACAUUAUCAGUUGUUACGUUGUUUAUUUAAAAUAUCGCAGCUUCUCUUUGAAAAUUUAUAAGCUUGAAUAAUCAAUGUUGCUUUAGUUUUGUGUGAGUGGGAAGCGGCGGCGGCUGCCCGCCACCGCAGCCGCCGCCGCGCCCCGCACCACAGACUAAAUAUUUUUAUAUAAAUUGUAUUAUUUAAUUGUACAUAACUUAUAUCAUGCGACAGCGUAAUUUAUAAAUAAAUAUGUAUACCUUAAAAAUUAAAA